GUCCCUCCGGCGGCGGCAGGAUGCACCAUGAGGAGCUGGCGCCCCUGCAGCGGCCCCGCUACGGCUCUAUUGUGGAUGAUGAAAGGCUUUCAGCAGAGGAAAUGGAUGAAAGGAGGCGUCAGAACAUUGCUUAUGAGUACCUCUGUCACUUAGAAGAAGCAAAAAGGUGGAUGGAGGUCUGCUUGGAAGAAGAACUGCCCCCUACUACUGAGCUGGAAGAGGGCUUAAGGAAUGGUGUCUAUCUUGCCAAGCUUGCAAAAUUCUUUGCCCCCAAUCUGGUGUCAGACAAAAAGAUCUAUGAUGUGAAGCAGGAACGUUAUAAGAGAUCAGGACUUCAUUUUCGGCACACUGAUAACACUGUGCAGUGGCUAAGAGCGAUGGAGUCUAUUGGUCUGCCUAAGAUUUUUUAUCCAGAGACUACAGACGUCUACGAUAGGAAAAACAUACCUAGGAUGAUAUAUUGCAUUCAUGCUUUAAGUUUAUAUCUGUUCAAGCUAGGAUUAGCGCCACAAAUUCAGGACCUACUGGGAAAAGUAGACUUCACAGAGGAAGAAAUUAGCAACAUGAGUAAGGAGCUUGAGAAGUAUGGCAUACAGAUGCCAUCUUUUAGUAAAAUUGGUGGGAUUCUGGCCAGUGAAUUAUCAGUUGAUGAAGCUGCAUUGCAUGCUGCAGUGAUAGCAAUUAACGAAGCUAUUGAGAAGGGAAUAGCUGAGCAAACCAUUGCAACUCUGAGGAACCCAAACGCAAUGUUGCUAAAUGUGGAUGAAGAACUUGCACAGGACUACCAGAAUGAGCUCUUUGAUGCUAAAAGGAGAAAACAAUCAAGUGCAAGACUUAAGGUAAACGGCACAAUCUCUGACGAGGAGAGAGAUGUUUAUGAAGAGCUGCUGACACAAGCUGAGAUUCAAGGCAAUAUCAAUAAGAUCAACAUUCACAUAGCUUUAGUCCAAGUGAAUGAGGCUAUUGACCGGCAAGAUGAAGUGGCACUGAUGGCAGGUUUGAACCGUCCUGCUCUGAGCCUACUUGAAGUUCUGCCACAAAAUUCCUCUUGGUACCUAUUGCAAUUGUGUGAUUCUAAAGAACAGAAAAUGCAGAUAGCAGGGGUUCCAAAUAUGCUCGACAAAAGUGAAAUACAGAAAGAAGUUAGUGUUGCCAAUGCGGAAGCUGAGGCUCACAAGCUUAAACUUAUAGCAGUUGACAAUAUCAAUACUGCAAUUCGUAACUGUGAUCCUAGUAAAACACUGGUUGCACUGAUGAAACCGGAGGCGCAGCUGCCUGUUGUUCACUCAUUUGCUGCUGCUAUCUAUCAGACUGAGCUGUUCAACCUCCAACAACAGAACGCUGUGAAUUACCUGGCACACGAUGAACUGUCUGUUGCAGUAGAAAUGUUGUCAGCUGUUGUGUUGCUAAACCAGGCCUUGGAAAACAAGGACAUCCAAAUGAUAAGGAAUCACCUCAGAAAUCCAUGCAUUGGCUUCAAUAAUCUGGAAGAGGAAAACUUGCAACGUUAUGCUGAUACACUAUUGUCUAUUAAGUCAGAGGCUUCAUCUCAAGGCCAAGAUUAUUUAAGCUGGAAUGAUAUCCAGAACUGCAUUGACAUGGUUAAUAUGCAAAUUCAAGAAGAAAAUGAAAGAAUUAUUGCAAUUGACCACAUUAAUGAAGCAAUUGACCAAGGAAAUGCUGAAAAAACUCUAGAAGCUCUCCUGAUGCCCACAGCCAAGCUGCAAGACGUGAGACCAGAAAAUGCAAAGCAUUAUCAGGAUGUUCUGCACCACGCCAAAACACAGAAACGCAAGGAAACCCAAGAUGAAUCAGCGGUUCUGUGGCUGGAUGAAAUACAAAAGGGAAUCAGUGAUGCCAAUAACAAUAUAAAAGAAGCUGCAAUCUUGGCUGUUGGGAUUUCAGUGAUUAAUAAGAGCUUGGAGAAGGGUGAUUCACAGCCAAUCCUGACGACGCUGCAGUCCAAGUUUGGUUUACGAGUUGUUUCAGAAUGUGCUGAAACUUACUUCAAGAACCUUUCAGAAGCCCAGAAGCUGAAAACUAAAGAUGAUUCUAAUGAAAGUCCAUGGAUUAAACUCAUGAUGAAAAAUAUGUAUAGUUACUACUACAAUGUGGAAACUGAGGAAGGUACCUGCGUUGUCCCUGAAGGAGUUGUACCAAAAACCUCCUGGUUAACUGCUGAAGAAAUCCAGAACAUUGUUGGGCAAGUUACAGCAGACUACAAUCGGGAGCAGCUGUGGCUUGCUAAUGAAAGUCUGAUUGUUCAGCUGCAAGCCCAAGCAAGAGGAUUCUUAGUCAGAAGGAAUUUUCAGGACAGAAAAGCAUACCUCCGAAACCAGGAACCAUCUGCCAUCAAAAUACAGGCUUUCUGGAAAGGAUUCAAACAAAGGAAAAGCUACCUUGACAGACUAAAGGUGCUUCAAAGCAACGUUGCUGCUAUUGUCAAGAUUCAGUCAUGGGUCAAAAUGUGGCUAGCAAGGAGAGCUUACAGAAAGAGGCUGCAGUACUUCAAGGAUCACCAUGAAGAAAUCGUGAAGAUACAAGCAUUUCUCAGAGCAAACAAAGCCAGGGAGGAUUACAGAACACUAAUCGGUGCUGAAAAUCCACCCUUGCCUGUCCUGCGCAAAUUUGCCUACCUCUUGGACCAAAGUGACUUAGAUUUUCAAGAAGAACUAGAAGUAACAAGACUAAGGGAAGAAGUAGUUACAAAGAUUCGAUCCAAUCAACAGCUGGAAAAGGACUUGAAUUUAAUGGAUAUAAAGAUUGGACUUCUGGUGAAAAACAGAAUCACGCUUCAGGAUGUGGUGUUACAUAGUAAGAAGCUUAACAAAAAGAGCAAAAAUCAGCUAGAAGAGAUGGUUAUGGUCGACAAACAAGGUAUAAAAGGCUUGAGUAAGGAGAGAAGAAAAAAACUGGAGGCUUAUCAACAUUUAUUCUAUCUUUUACAGACUAAUCCCAUGUAUCUGGCGAAGCUGAUUUUCCAGAUGCCUCAAAACAAAUCAACCAAAUUUAUGGAUACAGUCAUCUUCACUCUCUACAAUUAUGCAUCCAACCAACGAGAAGAAUAUCUGCUUCUCAAACUUUUUAAAACUGCUUUAGAAGAGGAGAUAAACUCUAAGGUAGACCAGAUACAGGACAUUGUCACUGGAAACCCUACUGUCAUUAAGAUGGUUGUCAGCUUCAACCGAGGUGCUCGUGGACAGAACACUCUGCGCCAGCUCCUGGCACCAGUGGUGAAAGAGAUCAUGGAUGAUAAGUCCCUCAUAAUCAACACUAGUCCCGUGGAUGUGUACAAGUCAUGGGUAAACCAGUUAGAAAUGCAGACUGGUGAGGCCAGUAAAUUGCCAUAUGAUGUUACUACAGAGCAAGCAUUAACGCACACAGAAGUUGUCAAUAAACUGGAAUCAUCGAUUCAGAGUUUGCGAGCUGUAACUGACAAAGUUCUCACAUCUAUAUUCUCAUCUCUCAAUAUGAUGCCUUAUGGAAUGAGAUAUAUAGCCAAAGUUCUGAAGAGCUCACUCCAUGAGAAAUUCCCAGAUGCAACUGAAGAUGAACUACUAAAGAUUGUUGGAAACCUGCUGUACUAUCGCUACAUGAACCCUGCCAUUGUUGCUCCUGAUGGUUUUGAUAUAAUUGAUAUGACGGCCGGGGGCCAGAUACACCCUGACCAGAGGAGGAAUCUGGGCUGUGUGGCAAAAGUCCUUCAGCACGCUGCUUCUAACAAACUCUUUGAAGGAGAGAGUGAACAUCUGUCAUCUAUGAACACUUACCUCUCACAGACAUACCAGAAGUUCAGGAAUUUUUUUCAGGCAGCAUGUGAUGUUCCUGAGCCAGAGGAGAAAUUCAAUAUCGAUGAAUAUUCUGAUAUGGUGACCCUCAGCAAACCUGUCAUAUAUAUCUCUAUUGAAGAAAUUAUCAAUACCCAUUCGCUACUACUAGAACACCAGGAUGCCAUUGCCACUGAGCCAAAUGACCUGCUGAACGAAUUGCUGGAAGGGCUGGGACCUGUUCCUGAUGUGGAGUCUUUCCUUGGGGAAGGGUCUGUUGAUCCCAAUGACCCUAACAGGGAAAGCACACUGAAUCAGCUUGCAAAAACAGAGAUUUCAUUGUCUCUAACGAGCAAAUACGAGUUACGAGAAGGCGAAGAUCAGGACCUCAAAAGCCUGAUGAUAAAGACCAAAAGACUUAUUGUGGAUAUGAUACGAACACAGCCAGGGGAUACACUCCCAGAAAUAUUAGAAACAACAGCCACUGCACAACAGGAAUCUGAGCACUCGAAACUUGUGGAAAAACGUGCCAUUUUAGAUUCCAAAACUCCAGAGAAAAUGAAGCGCAGUCAGUCUAUUUUUGAAGAUGGACAGCUACCAAUAGAACAAAAGAAAAGGAAAAUUCAGAGAAAUCUCCGGACUUUGGAACAAGCGGGAUUAGUCUCUUCAGCAACAAAGUACCAAGAAAUUAUAAAUGAGAUUGCGAAGGAUAUCCGGAAUCAAAGAAGAUACAGACAUCACCGAAAAGCUGAACUGGUGAAACUCCAGCAGACUUUGAAUGCACUUAACUCCAAGACAGCAUUUUAUGAAGAACAAAUUAAUUACUACAACACCUAUAUAAAAACUUGUUUAGACAACUUAACAAGAAAAAAUUCAAGGAGGUCAAUUAAACUGGAUGGAAAAGAGGAAGUGAAGGGCAGCAAGAAACUGAAGCAGGCAUCAUUAAAGUACACUGCUGCUAGGCUGCAUGAAAAGGGUGUUAUCCUAGAAAUUGAAGAUCUUCAAACCAACCAGUUUAAGAACGUGAUGUUUGAUAUCACACCUGGAGAAGAAGUGGGUGACUUUGAAAUCAAAGCAAAAUUUCUGGGUGUUGAGAUGGAAAAAGUGCAGCUUCAUUUCCAGGAUUUGCUUCAGAUGCAGUAUGAAGGUGUGGCUGUAAUGAAAAUGUUUGACAAAGCUAAAGUGAAUGUUAACUUGCUCAUAUUCCUGCUGAAUAAGAAGUUCUACGGAAAAUGAGCAUCUUCAGAUACCAUGGACUACAUCCAUCAGUGGGAAGUCUACUCAGUAUUUUUUUUUUCUUGCUUUUAAACAUCUGAAAUUUGUCAGUGGAUGCUUUUUAACUUUAAAAAAAACUAUAACACCAAAUAUUCAGAGGAAUGUACACAGUGCCUUUGCAUCAUUGAUAGUCAAGCAGAAAAAUAGGAAAUAGAAUAUUUUCAACACAUCCAGAUCUCAUUGGUGUUGGUACCUUCCAAUCAAAAUAUUGUUUAGGACACUCAGCUCUUGUGGAUAUUAAGUAGACAGAAAUUGAUUUUAGUUGAAUAUAUAUGCCUCUUCCUGUUAAAAACAUUUCUAAAUGACCUCAGAUAUAUAAUAUAGUUUGUUUUAGACUUUCAAGUAUUUACCAAAAGAAAUCCUGAUUUGUUUUUAGGGGAUAGCUUGCACAAAUAUUUAGUUACAUACUAAGCCUAUUUUCUGGCAGUUGUCAAUUGAAAGAAAACUUAUUGUGCAAUUCAAAAAUUUUUAUAGGUAACUUUAAAGUGACAGUAAUGUCUUACUGCAGAAAAGUAUAUUUUGAUUCAUUCCUACUAAAUAAAAUGCACUACUGCCUUGUGUAAAAUGACAUUUUCUACAUUCACAACCUUUUGAGUGGCAUGGGGGUAUCUGAACGGUAAACAGCUGUUCAGUUUGAAGUAUUUGAAUACAUAAAUUGUGCCUGUCUUUUUUUUUUUUUUUUUUUUGUAAGAAAAUAAAUGCAAUAAAAUCAGUAUUUAGAUUUUUUAAAUAUUCUUUGGAGAUUGUUCUAUGUAAAAUAAAUGUUACUUAAUUAAA